AUGGAGAAGCUUCACAGGUGUCUUCUGCUUUUACUGGGACUUUUAUCAGUUCAGGAGAAGGCCAAAGGAACAGAAGAGAACUCCGCACGAUUGGGUGUAAGCAGUCAGUCAUCAGAUUUCGACAGUUUUUUCUCCUCAUAUGCUGUUGAUGGUCGGCUUGAUUCCUAUACCCAUACAAAUGGAGACACAGACCCGUGGUGGAGAGUCGACCUGUUAAACGUGUACAAGGUCAACAGAGUGCUCAUCACUAACAAAAACAGUGAUUAUUAUUAUACUCGGAUAAAUGGGGCUGUGAUUCGUGUUGGAAAUAAUUCUCAAGACUUUUACAGCAACCCCAUAUGUGCUGUGAUUUCUACCAUUCCAUCCGGUGCCACUGAGACCUUCUAUUGUGGUGGUAUGAAGGGACGUUAUGUACACAUUCAUAUUCCUGGAGAUGGCAAGAUUCUGACCGUCAGAGAGAUUGAAGUCUAUGGGUUCAUAGCAGGAAACGUGGCAUUAGAUGGAGUGGCAACACAAUCCUCAACGUAUGAAGACUGGUCUGCUGACAGAGGAAUUGAUGGUAAUCGAGGUCUUGUGGAGCAGAACACCAGCUGUACUGAAACCGCUCCUGGGAAUAAUGACCCGUGGUGGAGACUGGAUCUGCAUGACGUGUACUGUGUGAACAGAGUCGUCAUCACAAACAGAUUUGACUGUUGUUCAGAACGACUAAACGGAGCAGAGAUUCACAUCGGAAACUCUCUGGAGAACAACGGCAACAACAAUCCCCUAUGUGCUGCUAUUCCUGGUAUUCCAGUGGGUCAAUCCUGGACCUUCCCAUGUGGUGGAAUGGUGGGACGUUAUGUGAAUGUGUUCCUUCCUGGAAAUCAAAAGAUUCUUAACCUGUGUGAGGUGGAGGUCUAUGUUGAAGACAUCUGUAAACAGAAAACAGCAGUAAAGAUGCGGUUCAGCUCCAAAGAGGAUUUGACUGACUCCACAGUAAGAGAAAACAUCCUUCAACAGCUGGGAUCUAUUCUGGCUAGCAGAGGAUUUAAAGACGUGACAGUGCGGUGGUCUCAACCCCCUCAACAGGAGGUGAUCGAAGUGGAAGAAGAACUAAAUGAAAUUAAUCCAAUGGAAAUGUUUUUGUGUUUGAAGAGACACAGAGAGAUCUUUCAGCUGAAAUUCUUUUGGAUUAAUAUUACACACAUUUCCAGACAAAUAAAUUAAAUGUUGUAAAUGUGUUCCAGAUUGAAUUCACAGUGAAGAAUAAACGGAUAAGAUUUUGCGUUAUGAUAUUUCUGUUAAACAUCUUCAUGAUUUAUUUUAUGAAGACUUUCACUCACUUUUAUUGUUCAUUCGGAACUGCUACAUGUGCACUGAUGUAAAAGUUUUAAUGUUAAUUUUAUGCUGUUUGAUAUUAAAUGGACCAAUUUCACUAUAUUAGGAAACUGCUUCGCAGCAUCAAAACAUUUAUUAUGCUUAUUAUGCAGAUUAGAGCCUAUUUUAAUAGAAUGCUUUAUUCAUUUUAAUAUAUUAAACACUAAGAUACAUCUUUGUAUGUGUAUUUUUUUUCUG